CGAGGCGGAAGUUCACAGCAAUAACAUAUACCGUGCUAAUAUGGCAGCGCAGGGAGAAGGCGAUGCGGGCACCAGCAAUGACCAACUACUAGACUUAGGAGCUGCACUACUGAAAGACUUUAUCUAUGAGCGGAUUUGUCGCCAUGGGGACAACAAAGCUAUGGUAACUAGGAGCCAGUUGGGUGGGUCUGAGCUGUGCGACCCCAGCCAUAAGAGACUUGCACAGUGUCUGCAGCAGAUUGGAGACGAGCUGGACAGUAAUGUACAACUGCAGAGUAUGAUAAACGACUCAGCACUACAACCUACGAAAGAUGUAUUCGUGAAAGUCGCCUGUGAAAUCUUCUCUGAUGGGAAGUUUAACUGGGGCAGGGUGGUGGCGCUUUUCUACUUUGCUUGUCGGCUUGUAAUCAAGGCUGUGGUGACGAAGGUUCCUGACAUCAUCAGAACCAUCAUCAACUGGACCAUCGACUACCUGCGUGAUCAUGUGAUUACUUGGAUCAGGGAACAGGGAGGCUGGGAAGGGAUCCGGUCCUACUUUGGUACGCCUACCUGGCAGACUGUCGGCGUCUUUCUGGCUGGAGUUCUCGCCACUGUGUUGGUCAUGCGCAAGAUGUAAAGAAAAUAUAAAAAGGAGAGAGAGCAUGAAGGAAAAGAGAGUUAAAACAGAGCGAGUGAGAGAGAGGGACAGAGAGGUAAAGGGGGAAAAGGGAGGGAAAGAGAUACAGAGACCAUGGCAUAAGAAUGGAGAAAGAUUUGGCAGAGAGAGUGGACAAGGGUCCAUUCAAGAAAGGAAAGUGGAGAGAGAGAGGAAAAGAGGGCAGAGCGUAAUGAUUAAUUGCACCUCUACAUGACUCUUGAGAUUAUUCCCAUUCUCAUCCACAUACUCAAACCUCAGUAACACAUGCACUGAAAAGGGAGGAAAACAAAAGGAGAGACAGACCGAGGGAUGUGCAAGAGUGCGUAUUUUUAAGUUAUUUAUUUUUUGUUUUCAUGACAAAUGAAAUGGGGGGAUGCCUUCAGUCUUUAUACAGUGCAUAUAUUAGAUAGUUAAAGGAAUUUACAGACUUUUCCUGCACUAGGAAAUAAUCUGCAUGCUUACUUGAAUCACUCUCCUCUCUCAAUGUGUGAGGAUGUACACAGAAAUUGCACAUACUUGGGGUUCAGUUUUGAUCAUGUACUAUUUUCAAAGGGUUUAUAAGUGCUUAAAUGUCAUUAUUAUUUACCUCAGUGUCUUUUCUUUUUUAUAUAUCACCAUCUAAAGUCAGAAUUGUUAGCAAUAGGCUCCAGUGGUACUCUGCUGUUUCUCUCGUUCUUUCUCUCUCUUUUUCCUGGGUUCACUAUCUCCUCUCAUUCAUCUGAACAUUCAAAACCCUCCUGCCAGCAAGCAAGCAUGCCUGGAGAUGAGAUGUCUGUGUGAGUGGUUGUGAUUGUGCUUUGUGGUGAUGAAAGUUGCAUUUAAAGCCACUGUGGGGUGUUUGCAGAUAUGGCUGCAAAGUGAAAUAAUACAAUUUGACAAUCUUUGAUCUUCUGUCCUUGGAGGAGCUUCAGGCCAUGAGUCAAAUUUUAAAGGUUUCACCUGACACAGGUAUGCUCAGAGCCGAAUUAUGUCCUGAGGCGGGGUCUUCCAGGAUUUGUCAAGAUUUCUAUCGUGCUGCAAGUAUAGUCUAAAAUCAGACCUGUCUUGUCUGACUGAAGACAAAUAUCCAGAUAUACCAGCUACUCCAGUCUGCUGCAAGCUCCCCUUGUGGCGCCACAUCAGUGUCAAAACUAGGGGGUGCAAAAACACAAGAUGAAAAAACCACCACCAAACUGUCAAAACCACCCCCAAUCCAAUACUCGAGCACAGAAAACAGCUAUCGAAUCGAGAGGGGAAAAAAACAUUAAGCGUGAAAAAAAGGCGGUUUGUGCACGAUAUGAUGCUAAAUAUGCUCGCAGGACUUCUUUCUGAGCUCAUGAGUUUCACAUUUACGCUCGUGGGGGGGAUAUUUACACAUGUGAAUUGUUAAAACUUGCAAGUUUAUAUUUUGCAUCUUGUGUUUUUGCACCCCCUAGUUUUACAUUGAUGUGGCGCCAUAUCUGAGUGGAACGUGUGUAACAGUACACACUUGUGCACAGUCCUCACUUUACCUCGUCUCUUCAGCGUGAUCUUCUCAGUACUGUAUUUUUUCUAUGGUUAGUCAACACCACAGUCUUCACCCACAGUCACUCUUUUUAUACACCUUUUCCUUUUUGAUCAUAUGGAUACAAUACCGAACAUUUUUAUUUGCUUGUUUUUUUUGUUUUUUUUAAAAUUCCUUCUUAUGUUGACAGUGCCUUGGCCUUUUUACUAUGAAAUCGCUUUGAUACAGUCACCACUUUUUCAUCUUUUUCUACAUCUUUGUAUAAAUGUAAGAAUUUCGCUAAUUGAUGCCUGGAAGCUGUUUUUUCCUUGCUGUGAGCCCAUUCAUUUGUUUUGUAAGUCAUUAUAAGAUAUAAUAAAUUGUUUUUAUGGAUUUCAGUUAA